AUGCUAUCCCGAAACUCCCACAGAGCUCUCAGCUCCCUCUCUCGCAGCCUGCCAGCUUCCGCAACCGCAAGCGUGACGCCAUUCCUACCUCGUGCCAUUCCCAGAAUACCCCCAUCUCGCACAUAUCAGCGUCCAAUCGCACGCCCGUUCCACUGCACACCCGUACGUCCUAAAGGCAUUACACCAGAGUCGUCAGAUCCUACGCCGCCGAGCCCAGAACCAAGCGAUAUCGCCGGAGUAUCACCACAUGUCGUUGAGCCUUCACCGUUGACGGAUGAGCAGUAUCGUGACUAUUCGGAACAUUAUUUCAAUGUGUUAUUAAUGGAACUUGAAAAGGCUCAGGAAGAGGGCUCAGAGACUGAAGCCGAAUACAGUGCUGGCGUCCUUAACGUAAACGUCCCCAGCAUUGGAACAUAUGUCCUCAACAAGCAACCUCCUAAUAAACAAAUAUGGCUAAGCUCCCCCGUGUCUGGUCCAAAACGCUACGACUGGGUUGUGCAAGGUGAUUCUAUGGGCGAAAAAGAAGGCACAAGAGAGUACAUUGGUGGGCAGUGGAUCUAUCUCCGAGACGGGUCCAAUCUCACAACAUUAUUAAACGAGGAACUGGGCAUCCGUAUGGAGUAUGACAUCUAUGAAAAGGACCGAGAAUGA